AUGAGGGUAACAGGAUCUCCUGAGCCUGUCGUCACACCUCAUCCACAGUCACCUAGUGCAAGUGCGGUCACCACCCAUAUUUCGUCGCAGUCUAUAUCCGUGGAGUCCAGCAGUAUAUCUGUCCCUGUCAACACUAGUACACAUGCUUCUGCCGAAUCCAGCGCCAGUACAAAGAGUACGACCUCGAGUAACAAGCAGUCAACUGUAGCUUCCGACACUCAUCAGAAACCGAGUACAUCGACUGUGUCUUCAGCUCACUCGAAUCCCACUACUCAGGAAUCUUUCUUCAAGUCCAUACACAAACGUCUGCAGAUGCUUGAAAGCAACGCUACACUGUCUCUACAGUACAUUGAGGAACAGUCCCGCAUUCUGCGCGAUGCAUUUAUCAAAGUCGAAAAACGGCAGAUCAAGAAAACCGAAGCGUUCCUCGAGAAUCUGAACGCAACUGUUUUUGCCGAACUUCAAGACUUCAAACAACAGUACGACCAGUUGUGGCAAAGCACAGUCAUUGAGCUUGAUAACCAUCGUGACCAAUACCAGAGAGAAAUUCACGCCGUCAGUGUUCGUUUGAGCAUUGUCGCUGAUGAGCUUCUAUUCCAGAAGCGGAUGGCCAUAGCUCAGAUGACUGUAUUGAUGGUUUGUCUGGGUCUUGUCUUGUUCGUACGCACAGGGGGUGGUGCCAGCCUCGACAUGCCUAUCGUCCAGCAGAUGAUCAACAAGUCACACUUUGGAAGGGGCGCUUACGAUUCUCCCUUGAACUCACCAUCACCGGAUCAGACUUCUCCGCCGUUUACCAACGGAGACAUCAGACGUAGAAGAGGGUUCUGGCGAAGCAGUUUCCACUCCCCAGCAUCCCAAAGACCUAUCUCUAGAGGUAAUGGAAACGUGUCCGAAGCAUCUAUAGAGGAACAUUCUCAGCAUGAAAAUCCGGAUCUGAGAUUCCAACCACCAACCCCGACUUUGGAGACCAGUCACGGCACGGAUGGCGAAGAUGGUAUUCUCGUAUCACCUUCAAACUCGUCUCUACGUGGAGAUGGAUCGUUCGUAGAUGAGGAACCAGAGAGUGAAGGAGAGGAAGAUCUUGAGGGGUCUUCAGCAUCGUUACCACAGGAGACACAGUCCUCGCCAUCGACUCCCAGUGGAUCGCGAGAUCUGAAGAUGCAACCCUGGCCUGCCGGUGGAGACGGUGGUGAUGCUAGUAAUGACUGA